AAACAUGCCAUUUCCGGGAUGCAAUAUAAUCAGCACCUCUGACCACAUCCACGCUGCAAUAAAAAGCUAAUUUUUGUCCCAGGAUUUAGGGAGUGUCUGUCAGAAGACAGCAGUUUCUGGUUGUGUUUCUGCGGUAUGUGUGCACGGUGUUAACGGAAGUGUCCUGUUCGCCUCCUCCGCCGUUAAAAUGAAGAAAAAGAGCGCAGAGAAGAAACGCCAUGUGGUAGCAUGGGUCAACAAAGCGGAGUGGGAUCAAGUCCUGGAGUACCUGUACUCUAAGGAUUCCGCCCUGCAGAGGUAUGCACUGCAGAGGGUAUCCGCGUGGAGGGGCAGGUAUGCCAACAGCACGCCCGUGGCGGUGGACUGCACGGCGGACCUGGUGAGGUGCCAGGUGCUGGACAGGUCGGGACAGCUGGACGGAGAUGAUCUGGUCCUGCUGUACGGAGCGGCCCUGGUGAGGUUUGUCAAUCUGAUCACUGAGCGACAGCAGGGCAGAACAGCCCGUCCACUGAGGCGGCUGGCUGGCAACCUGAACAUCCCAGAGUGGGUGGUGGACCUGAGGCAUGAUUUCACACACCGGAAGCUCCCUACCUUGAAAUGGUGUCGAAAGGGGUGUAAGGUGGUUCUGGAGUGGCUCCAGCAGGAGUACUGGUCCAGGCAGCUGGGAGGAGGGCCCAGUGAGGACUGGGAAUCGCAGUCGGAUGUAGAGGAUGAAGAGGCUGACCUGAAACGCCAGGAGGAUGAGCUCAUUGCGAGGCAGAAAGAAAUGGAAGCCUACAAGAACGCACGGGAACUUCUGAUUUCAUUUGAAAAGGAGCAGUUCCAGGCUUUUGACGGGCGCCCUGAAGGCGAAGAGAAGGGCUUGUGGCCAGCCCCCUUUGCUGACAUGAGCUGGUUACUAGGUGAGAUCAAGCAGUUUGCUUUGGAGUCGAGUGAUUUGCUGAUUGAUGUGUUGUUGGAAGAUGGAUUUCUAGUUCCUACUGUGGAACAACUGGAAACGUUAGGCUGUGACACCACUGACGGUGCCAGUCCCCCUGAACUCAGGAUCCCUCCAACCUUCCUGCGUUUUUGGCUGCCCCUCCUGAAGAUGCUCAACUCACCGUCCUUUAUUCACCUCCUGCUGGAGAAGCUCUUUGUCGAACUGAAGCUGCUCGCCAAAGAGCAGAACAAUCACAGGGCGUUCUACAUCCCUGCUUGGAUUUCAGAAGUUAUCCUCUGCAACAGCAACAAAUUUGAAUACCAUUUUGAAACAAAGGGACAGAAGAAGGCCAGAAUGAAGGAAAGGAUUUUUGUAAACCGCAUCCAGCUGAGGUGGCAGCAGCUGCUGACAGCGUGCCUGGAUGCUCCCUGCAUCAGCACGCCUCACUUGCUCCAGUUAAUCCUGGAUGACAUGGAGCAUCCUCUCCCUCUGGAAACCCGACAGAGGCUGCUCCAGCUCUGCUCCAUCUACACGCAGACCACACACUCAGAGUUUGAGGCUCCUCUGCAGUCCAAACAUCAGCCCAUAUACACUCUGGAGAGUUUGCAUGAGAAGCUGCAGCAUUCAAAGCGCCGCAGCCAUCCUCGGCAUUCCACGGGGGAGUCUGAGAUGAGCGAGUCCUCCCAGCCAGAUGUUCAGGUUGAAAAAGCUAGGUUGCUCAGAGGUUCUCCGUGGCAGAUAUGCACUGAUAAAGUCUGGUGGAAGAACUAUCCUCUUGGUAAAGUCCCGGGGCAGUCUGAUGACCCCUCAUGCCUCAUGGUGGAAAACUACUCAACAAUGACUGUCUUUGACCAGCCGGUGGACUUGGAGAGCAGCGCAACACACAACGUCCCAGGAGCCUCGGCACCUGUGAGAACGUCCGAAGGUCUUCUUUGGAACCACGGUGAUGUUAACAAGCUGAAAUCUGGACUGCAACUUUUUUGAGUCAUGUUGUGAUGCUGUGAAAAAAUAGGCCUUCAUCUGCCGGCACAUUACUGUACGUGCGCUCUCUGUUGUUUGGACACAUGGGAAAAAAGAAAGAUAUGUUCAAAAUAUGUCAACUUCAGUAAUGAACAGAGCUAGUUGUGAGGUAAAACAAAUAUGUAAAGUAGUUGAUUAAGAAUAUGUCCCAUUCUAAUUUCCCAGAGACCGAGGUGAUGUCUUCAAAUUACUUGUUUUAUUCGACUAACAGUCCAAAACCCACAAUUCUUUCACAAGUUUCAUUUUAUAGACAAAACAAUUAAUCAGUUAGUCAAACAAAUCAUCAGCAGAUUAGCUGAUUUUUGAAAAUAACUGCUCUAAUGAAUAUAAAAUUUUCAUAAAAGCCUUCAUAUUGUAUGCUGUCUACAAUAUUUUCAAUUCAAGUACAGACAACACCUUUAAAUCCUGUGAAACAUCAUUAACAUUCAUGCACAUGGUAAAUGAAGAAUGUGAGAAUUGGGAUGUGGGUAAUUCAUUAUAAUGUGUAAUACAGCAAGUUGGUUUUCCUUACACCUGUCAUGCUAGUUAACUUGCACUGUUAAAACAGUUGUUGGUCCCUGCAAAGGGUUUUGGAGUUGAACAUGUGUGUAAUUUUCUUUUGUGCGCUUAUGUUUAAUAAAACCUUUUUCUACUAAAGGAA